AUGGGACAAAGCCGAAUGCGGUACUACCUCCGUCAGUUGCUUCAGAGACGGGGAGAGGAAAUGAUUGUGAGCAACUUCUCCUCACAAGGCGCAAAUGUCGAAAAGUCCAGGGAGCUGAUAAGUAGAUUUGGGUCUGUUCUUCAUAAAACCAUCCGUCACGAAAGCUGCCCUAAACUAUAUACCCUUGUUGGAGACCAGUGCCUCUCGGUUUUCUACGUCGGCAGUGUGAGCUGGGGCGAAGCUCGGGCUUUCUGUAACGUCCUAGGCGGCGAUCUCUUGACGAUCAAGAACAUCACUCUCUUGACGAUCAAGAACAUCACUCAUUUCGCAGACAUCGUCGAACACCUGCAGAGACUUGCGUUGCCAUCUAGCUUCUGGAUCGGGGGCUCAGUCCACAAUGACACUGUAGAGAGGACAUGGAUAGAUGGCUCCCCUAUGGAUAUGGGAUCUCCGUUCUGGGCUACAAGGUACACCCCAUUUUGCAUCAAGAGGAAUGGCACAACGGCCAAAUCAGACGAAACCUGCUACCACUACUACCAGAGUCCUAAGGCGGUGCCCUCGGGCGAAUGUGCCAGCAUCUCCUUCCAACACUCCUACUACAUCUCUGACGAAGACUGCCUGAGGAAGAUGAGUCCUCUGUGCGUCUAUCAGGGAACCGAUUUCCCCAAAAGACCAGAGUAUUAAGAGCGAUUUCUUGAAUCCUGUGAAGGCGUCCUAGGAUCCUAAGGAAACGCUCUUGAAUUUUAAUUGCUAGUAUAGACUCUAAAGACGUGUCUUUAGAUCCUAGGGGCACGUCCUCGAAUUCUACGACACAGAACAGUUUAGAAUUCUCCUUCAAGGGCUUUUUUUAUAUUCUUUUGAAAUGUAUAGAAUCGCCCUAAACUAGGAUUAGAUUUUGUAUUGUAGAUGCUUUGCUUCUCUCUCUCUCUCUCUCU